AUGCCGCUCCCCUCCCUUCCUCUUUUCUUGGCAGCACAGCAACAUGCCCAGAAUGAUACGAAUAAGGUUGCUAUUAUAGACGCGACCAAGAAAGAAUCGUUCACUUUCACUCAAUUGCUUGAGGAUACUGCCGUUCUACGCAAGCGAAUUCUCGAGCUCCUCGGGUUGACAACUACGGGCGAUCUAGAGGAACGACGCAUCGCCUUCUUAGUCCCGAAUGGCUAUGAUUAUGUUGUCACACAAUGGGCCACCUGGGCUGCCGGUGGAGUGGCUGUCCCCCUCUGCACUAGUCACCCCGUUAAGGAGCUCCUAUAUACAAUUGGCGACUCGGAUCCCUCAUUGAUCCUCAUCCAUCCCGCGUUCGAGAAAAUCGCACCAGCUCUACGCGAGGCAUGCACCACCGAUAUCCCAUUUAUGGGACUAGAACCCUUCAGCCGCAAUGAAUCGCCAUCCCUCCCCUCAUUCGUCCCUUCAUUCCCGCUGGACCGACGCGCCCUGAUGAUCUACACCUCUGGAACAACCGGUAAUCCCAAGGGGGGGUCAUGGAAAUACAGUCCCUCCGAUCAUCUCAUUCACGUCCUUCCACUCCACCAUAUCCACGGAAUCGUCAAUGGCCUAACAGCCAGUCUGUUGAGUGGUACCACUGUGGAGAUGCACCCGAAGUUCGACCCCAAGGUUAUCUGGGAGCGCUGGCAAGAUAUUGGUUCAUCUACCAUGUUCAUGGCUGUACCAACAAUCUACUCGCGACUGAACGAUUACUUCGAUACUAGCAUCCGUGAAACCGAUCACGAAGAGGCUGCGCGAGCAGGCGCUAAGGCUUUGCGUCUGCUUAUUAGUGGAUCUGCCGCAUUGCCAACACCUGUCAAGACCAAGUUUGCCGAGAUCACAGGCCAGAUCCUACUGGAGCGAUUUGGCAUGACGGAGAUUGGUAUGGCGAUUAGUUGUGGUCUGGAGCUGGAUAAGCGGGUUGAUGGAAGUGUGGGCUGGCCGUUACCUGGUGUUCAGGUUCGAUUGACCGAGAAGGAGACUGGUCGGAUUGUUGAAGAAGUUGAUCAGGAUGGUAUGAUCGAGAUCAAGGGUGGCAAUGUAUUCCGUGAAUACUGGCGCAAGCCUGAGGCGACUGCCUCGGAGUUUACAGCUGAUGGCUGGUUCAAGACAGGAGAUGUGGCGAGGCGAGAUGCCACGGGAGCAUACUUUAUCCAGGGCCGGGCUUCUGUUGACUUGAUUAAGUCUGGUGGAUAUAAGAUUUCUGCAUUGGAGGUGGAGCGAAAGAUGCUUGCCCUUGAAUCGAUUCAAGAGGUUGCGGUUGUUGGACUGAAGAAUGAGGAAUGGGGUCAGCAGGUUGCUGCCAUUGUUAAGUUUCGUGAUGGGGCCACUCCACUGGAUCUUCCAGCUCUGCGUGCCAUCUUGAAAAUUGAGAUGGCCCCUUACAAGGUCCCCACCGUGUUGAAGGUUGUGGAUGGCAUUGAACGUAAUGCCAUGGGCAAGGUUAACAAGAAGACGCUGAUCCAAAAGUAUUGGCCAGAUAAGGUAUAG